GCCGUCAAAGGUUAUUAAAACUUCAUAGGCCUGACUUGGAUGUCAUGCUUAUUGCAAAUAAAUGUACAAAUCAGUCAUUGUGGGUAAUUAAUAAGUCUACAAUAUCUAACCGAUUUUUCGGCAGAAGUGUACAGAAUUUGGUCUAUUUUAGACGCGAUAAAAUUGAAGGAGGUGUACGUUAGCAGUAGAUGUGAUGGAGUCGGCGGCAUCGCACCUGAGACAAUCACUUGACUGCAUCAAGGAGCUGCAAGCAGUGCCGGACAUUGUCAGUCUCGACGGCCACAACCUAAAUGUUGCUGCUCUGAAGCGUAUUGCCAGUGACGAAAAUGUUAAGGUCAAGCUAACAGAUACAGCGGUGAAAGAGAUCGAAAAGAAUGCAAAAUUUCUAGAGAAUUUAGUAGACAAUGAUAGCAGUGUAUACAUAUAUGGUCUAAAUACUGGAUUUGGUGGAUCAGCGGAUGUUCGCGCCAAGAACGCUGCAGACAUUCAAGAUUCUCUUCUGCGACAUCUAAACAUUGGAUUUGGAAGGACAUUUCCGCCUGGUCCUGUCCGCGCAGCAAUGGCUGUUAGAGCGAAUUCACUGAGCUUGGCCUAUUCUGGGGUCUCAGCAAAUUUUGUUCAAAAGCUUACAGAUCUAAUAAAUUGUAAUAUCGUCCCGGCUGUUCCAAUACGAGGAUCUAUUAGCGCCAGUGGAGAUCUUAUUCCUUUGAGCUAUGUUGCCGCCGCUUUGGUCGGAAGGGAAGACUUGAAUGUUUAUUACAAAGGCGAGCAAAUGAAAUGCUUAUCAGCACUUCGGGCUGCUGAAAUAAAACCUGCAAAUAUGGGGCAUAGAGACGGAUUGGCAGUUGUCAACGGUACUUCAUUCACAGUGGGUGUGUCAGCUCCUGUUCUGUACGAUGCCAACAUUGCCUGCCUUCUAACCCAAGCAUGUACAGCUCUAGCAGUAGAGGCGCUUCAUGGAACUACAGAAAGUUUUCACCCCGUUAUACAAGGUUGUAUGCCUCACUGCGGCCAGAUGGAAGUUGCCAAAAAUUUGCGUGAACUUCUUCAUAACAGUAAACUAGCUGUUCAACGUCUAGAUAUGAACAAGAAAGAAACACUUUCAACACAUCGUUUAAAACAAGAUCGUUACAGUUUGCGCAGUGCAGCACAGUGGCUCGGUCCAGUCGUAGAGACACUGAAAGAUGCGAACAGAAAGUUCCGGAUUGAGUUACAAGGAGUCUCUGACAACCCCAUUAUUGAUCAUCGUACAGAAACUAUUCUAAAUGGUGCCAAUUUCCAAGGAGAAACAUUGUCACUUACUCUAGACCAGAUGCGGCAAAGUCUUGGGGUUUGUGGGAAGUUGCUAUUUGCACAAUUUUCUGAGCUUGUCAAUGUAAAUCUGAACUUUGACCUUCCACCAAACCUAUCUGGGAGCGACUUUCACGUGGACUUCGGUUUCAAAGGAGCCGAUAUCGCAAUGGCGGCAUACAUGUCAGAAUUAGAUCACGUGAUUAACCCAAUGAGUAAUCACGUCGUCAGCGCUGAGCUUCACAACCAAUCAGUGAACUCGUUAGCGUUGAUUAGUUGCCGCCUUACCAAAGAUGCUUUGGAGAUACUCCAGAUGAUGUUAGCCAACCACCUAAACAUGCUUGUCCAAGCCGUGGAUCUUCGUUAUCUUCGCAAAAUGGCGUUGAAGCAACUGUCCCAUCUCAGUACACAGCACAUUGAAAUUGCCGAGUGCAUUCAUCAGACACACUGGUACGAAUUUGUCCUCCGUCCCAAUGAAAUAAUAAAAGAACUUGAAGUCAAAAUUGAUGGGAAAAAGUCAUUGCUCGAGGCUGGACUUUCAAACGGUUUGCAAAGUGUAUACAGCGAAAUGAAAGAGGGGAGAUGUCACACUGAUGAAAGUCUUGGACAAGGAACUCGUCGUCUGUAUACCUUCGUUCGGCAGACAUUGGGAAUACCCUUCUACCAUGGACAGGGACCAAUGGACAACUGGAUUGAUGAUAUUUUUAACGCAAUCAAAGAUGGAAGGAUUGAUGACGUCAUCUUGGACGUUUUUGCAGAGAGAAAUGGGUUUCAUGAAAACUGUUGAAAUAACGUAUCGGUCUUAAGAACCGAUCAGCUGUUCUCUGAUGUUAUUACCAUAUAGCAUAUGCCAUGAUACCGAUAGUUGUCGGGCAGUUUAAUGCAAACGUGCGAGCCAGACUCUUUCCAAAAUCUCAGGCCGAUGUUCUCGUCACUAUUCUUACAUUUUCGACCCAACACGACUAUCAGCAACAUUCUCAUUUUCAGAAAAGUCUCGAUGUGGCAGUCUGUGCUAUUAAUCGUGUUUUGACCUGACGUGUUGAUCAGUAAUGACAUAUUGUUAAAUAAAUAUAUA